AUGUUUCGUAUACAGUUGUAUCUCCUCUGCGUGACGGUGGGCAGUGUCCUCAGUGAUUUACCACCGGGAACUCGUCGCAACACUUAUUUACCACCCGAUCCAACGAAGGGUUACGACUACAACACCCCAUCAGUUCCAUUUUCACCGCGACCAACGCCAUCAUUUCCCCCAUCAAGAGGUACAUUUCCCACCGGUCCAUCAAGACCACCGCCGACCUUCCCAACGGGUCCAGCCCGGCCAACGCCACCAACCAGUAGACCAGGCUAUCCAAGCCCCGGUACACGUCCAACACCGGUUUUUCCAACGCCAUCCCAACGACCCACGGGAUAUCCAGGGCCCGGCAUUCGACCAACACCAGGUUUUCCGGAUUAUACCGGCCAACCGUCCGGCAAUAAUGGAAACACUGUGCCACCUGGACAUGAUCAUCAUCAUGAGCCUGGCAUGCCAUUUGAUUUCAAUUACGCUGUGAAAGAGGAUGCCUUUGGUAACGACUAUUCGCAUAAUGCGAUUAGCGAUGGGGAUGUGACGAGAGGAGAAUACCGGGUUCAACUUCCGGACGGACGCACGCAAAUUGUUCGUUAUACGGCAGAUUGGAAGCAUGGAUUUAGCGCCCAGGUUACUUACGAGGGUACCCCACGUCUGGAUCUUCAACGACCAUCGGGCAACUUCAAUAGGGGCUAUUAA